AGUUCUGCCCAUUAGGACUCAAGUGUUUCAUCAAAUUCUGUCACAGAUUUUCUGUGACCCAUAUAUUCCCUGCUAUGGCUAGGGCAGAGUGCUGAAACUCCCAGCUUCAGACACCCUUACCCCACUGGUGCUGCUGCCUGUAUAAUCUUUGUCUUUUGAGGUCUGUUACCCCAAUUUGGAUACUGUUCCUUAUUCCACCUUCUGCCACUUUCUUUCCAGGGUUUUGCUGGGUCAUUUGCUCCACAGGGAAAAGAAUGGUUGUGGAGCUGAGGAGCACUGCAGGUAUCCUCACUGCAGGCCCCUUGUCUUUUCUGUCCUUGGACUGCUGAGCUGUCCUCCUUUGCUGGGAGAUUUGAGCAGGCUGACUGCAGCCAUCUUUGUUAUCUAGGCAAGACAACUGUAAACACAGUGUUGACACCAUCCAAGACACCAGAAGUCAGUGUAAUGCAGUUAUUCCUCAAAAUGGAGGAUUGACAUGGGUUCUGGGACUACAGGCAUGGACCAAGCAUGGUGGAGGCUAAAUAAAGUAGAAGGAUCACCAUGGAUCACUGUUGAAUUUAGACCAAGCUUACUGAGAGAAUCCGUGGAGUGAAGAAGAUGGAUAUUUAAAGAAAUCAUGAGUCGAAGAUCUCAAGUUCACAUUUUUUGGGGUGCUCCUGUUGCUCCACUGAAAAUGACAAUAUCACAGGGAACAACUUCCUUAAUGUCCACGGCCAACACCUGGGAAAAAGUCCAACUUUUUUACAAACAGCAUUCUUCAUACCUAAAGGCUGAAAACCAGGAACUUAAAAAUCUGGAAGACUGUCCAGUCCCAGAAGCUCUUGGUCCUCCAGACCCUCUUAGUGGUCACCUUUUAGCGACUUACGUGAGUAGUCCUGCUCAGGUGGAAGGAGGCUUUGCACAUUCUGCUUUUGAAAGCCAGAGGGUAAGAUUCCAGGAGAUUAACGUGAGGGAUGUGGCUAGUGUGCAAACAUGUGGGGAUAAGGACAGAGUUCAGCCUUUACCUGGAGAAGAAAACGAUCCAAAGCAUCAGUGUGAAAAUGAGGACAUCGCAGAUGAGCAAUGUAAAGAUGAGUCACAUCCUGGGGUUGAGAACUGUCAAGCAGAUGUGUCUCGGUUAGAUCCUAAGUGUGCUGCUGGGCUGGAUGUGGACUGUAGUGCUGAACACACUAAUAUAGGGCCAGAAGCUAUGAGGACAGAGCCUGUGCCAACAGCACGGCAUGAAACGCAAAGUCAGGAGAUCUUUUCCUCUGACACACACUGUGAACCAGAGUCUGAGGGAGCAGUCAGGAAAGCCUCGGACCAGAAAGUAUCUACUGACACCGAAUUUCUCAGUAUAAUGACCUCCAGCCAGUGUGCUUUUCUAGCUCAAGGGAGUAGUAAAGGUCAAGACUGUAUAAAUAAAAAAACUGUAAACGUGGAGACAGAAGCAACAGGAAGGCAGGGCGUAAGACCAAGUAAAGGUGAUGUUAUGAAGCCCAGUGAAGAUUUUGCACAAGGGCCUGAGGAUGAGCAAAGCCAGGCACAUUCCCUGGAGCUCUUCAGUCCUGUGUGUCCUGAAUCUGAGAGCACUCACAUUCACAUAAGCCCUGGAAAAAGUCUUGAAGAAAACAUAAGCUCACAAGAACUUUUCAGUAAUGAAGAAAACCUGCCACCAAAUGAGGAACACAACAUUGAGUGGUGUAGCUCGGGAGUGCUGCGUUCCCAACGCGGUGCCUUCCACCAAAGUGCUGCUAAAAGGAGCUGGUCCCCUGAAGGCAGUUCCCAUCACUCUAAAGCUCUUUCUGAAGUCCGUCAGGUGUCCAAGAAGCCAAGGACCGACUCAGACACAGGAGAGUCAGCCAAAACAGUGCCCCUGAGGAUCAUGUCCAAAUUUAAGGACAUUAAACACAUAUCAUUAAUAAAAAACUGUGACUCUAAAAGUCAGAAGUAUAACUGCUUAGUCAUGGUGCUAACCCCAUGCCACGUGAAGGAAAUAAACGUAAAAUCUGGACCAAAUUCUGGUUCUAAAGUGCCGUUAGCAACGAUUGUCGUAACUGAUCAAUCAGAAAUUAAGAAGAGGGUUGUUCUCUGGAGGAGUGCAGCAUUUUGGGCACUCACAGUGUUUCCUGGAGAUAUAAUUCUACUUACAGAUGUGACUGUUCAUGAGGAUCAGUGGGUUGGUGAAACAGUGCUGCAAUCAACAUUUACCAGUCAGUUGUUUAAUCUUGGAAGUUAUUCAUGUGUCCGGCCUGAAAAAUAUUCCAGUGCAGUUGCCAAUGUUCAGGACUUACUGGCAUAUGUGUCUUUAAAACAUUCCUAUCUCAAAGAUCUGCCUCAGAGGCAGCCUCAGAAAAUGAACGCUGUAGAGUUUGUGGAAUUGGAGCAGCUGCAGCCUGAUACAUUAGUCCAUGCAGUACUCAGAGUAGUGGAUGUCACUGUACUGACAGAGGCAUUAUAUAGUUAUAGAGGACAGAAGCAAAGGAAAAUUCUGUUAACAGUGGAACAGACUCAAGGUCAGCAUUAUGUGCUUGUAUUAUGGGGUCCUGGAGCAGCCUGGUAUACUCAGCUUCAAAGGAAAAAAGAUUGUAUUUGGGAAUUUAAGUACCUUUUUGUUCAGCGCAACUGCAUACUAGAAAACUUAGAACUACAUGGCACACUGUGGUCAUCCUGUGAGUGCUUGUUUGAUGAUGAUAAAAGAGCAGUUUCAUUUAAAGCAAAAUUUCAAAAAAAUACACCCUCCUUUGUCAAGAUAUCAGACUUGUCAACUCACCUAAAGGAUAAGUAUUCAGGAGUGGUUCUGAUUAAAGCCAAGGUUUCAGAGCUGGUGUUUUCUACUGCAGCAGCUCAGAAGAUAGCUCUGAAUGCUCACAGCUCUCUGAAGGGCAUCUUCUCUUCUCUCCCCAACAUUACAUAUGCUGGCUGUGCACAGUGUGGAUCGGAACUAGAACCAGAUGAGAACAGGAUCUACAGACAGUGUCUGAGCUGCUUGCCAUUUGCUGGGAAGAAAACAUUCUAUAGGCCAGCUUUAAUGACCAUAGCUGAUGGAAGACAUAAGACUUGUGUCCAUGUAGGGUCAAAGAUGAUGGAGCGGAUUCUUCUCAACAUUUCUCCAGAUUGCCUCAACAGAGCGAUAGUGCCUUCCUCCGAGGUCACCUACGGCACAGUAGCAGCAGACUUGCUCCACUCCUUGCUGGCGGUCAGUGCAGAACUGUGUGUGUUGAAGAUUCAGAGCCUUUUUGAGUUGGAUGAAAACAGCUACCCAUUGCAACAGAAUUUCUCCCUACUAGAUUUCUGUCCUGAUUCGUGUAAGAGGUGGAGCCCGGGACUUUGUCUAAGGCCAGAGGAGAACACGGAAGGCAUUCCAAGGAAGGAGUGAUGAGAUAAUCUGUCUUUUGAAGAUUUAUUUAUUUUUAUUAUAUGUAUGAAGGGUUUCGCCUAUGUAUGCCUGGUGCCCACAGAGACCAGGAGAG